GGCUCAGCAGCCGGAAACUGAAAAGGCCCCUCAGGGCCUCAAGGAGUGGCUUUCUGGCCAGGGAUUAGCGAAGUUUGGUUUGAUGAAAUCUUCUGGAGGAGGAACUGGCUGGGGCGCAGGAGUUGGCCUUGGGGGGACUUCAGGUGACCUUGCGGGUUUAGCUGCUGCUCUUUCCAAAGCUACGGAAAAGGCAGCAGCGGCUGCAGCUGCUUCUCCAGAAGCCAAAGCCAAACCCAAAGAAGAAGAAAAAAAAGAACCCCCAAAGAAAGCUCCGCCCAAGGCGGGGCCCCCCGGCAAAGGGCCGGGAGGAGGCAAGGGGCCCCCCAAGGGCCCCCCAGGAGGCAAGAAGGGCCCCGGAGUCAAAAAGGCAGGAGGUUUGAAAAAAAGAGAGUCUUUUCCCGUCAAGAGAGAAGACGUGGAGGAAACUUUCGCCAAGCUGGCGCCGAAGGCGAAGACAGAAGUCAAGAAGCCAAAGGUUCUUCAACUGCUGCCGGACUCCAAGAGGUCCCACACCAUGAACAUUGCUUUGGCCAAAUUCAGCAAUUAUUCUUAUCAAGAGCUCAGGGAGGCCAUCAUAGACCUAAACCCCAAGAUUUUAACUGUGGAAGCGACGGAGAGCCUCCUGACCUUCGUGCCCACGCCGGAGGAAACUGCGGUGAUGAAGGAAUACAUCAAUUCAGGGGGCGAUCUGCGGCUAGUGGACCGGCCCGAGCAGUUCGUGGCCGCCAUGCUGGGCAUUCCGCUGAUGAAGCCGCGGCUGGAGAGUCAUUUGUUUGGGCUGAACUUCGGGGAGAACUUCCGGGAGGCCUGUGGACCAGUGGACCACUUGGCAGCAGCAGCAGCAGCAGCAAGCAGCAGCAAACGGCUCAAGAGCCUGCUGUUCGCCGUGCUGCAGCUCGGAAACCUCCUCAACGAAGGAGACCCUCAAAGGGGAAACGCCGAGGGUUUCAAACCCUCGACUUUGGCCAAACUUUCCGAAGUUCGCUCCACCACCAAACCCGUCAGGACUCUCCUCCAGUACCUCUGCGACAUUGUUUGGGAUCAAAAUCCGGACUUGUUGAAUAUUUUCGAAGAACUCAAAGUCUGCGACAAAGCCCAGAAAAUCGACAUCGGCGCCGUCGAGGGAAAAAUCCAGGCCUUAAAACAGGGAGUGGCGAAAGUGAAAAACACUGUCCAAAUGGCCCGCAAGGGAAACGAAGCUUCGGGUGUCUUGGGAGAAAAAGACCCGCUGGCCACCAUCAUGGACGAAUUCGUCGAAGAGGCAGAACCCAAAGUUGCAGAACUUGAAAAGUUCCUCAAAGAGGCCAUGGAGGACUUCACCUCCACAGUCCACUAUUUGGGCUACCCCGAGAAAGACGUGAAGAAAAUAAAGCCCGACGAAUUCUUUAAGCAGCUUUUUGCCUUCGUGAGAAAUGUGGAAACUGCGAGGAAAGCCAAGCAAGACCUUCUGGAGCGGGAGAAGAAGAAGCAGGAAGCGGCGGCCAAGAAGGCCGGCAAGGCCGCGCUUCUCGCGAAGAAAUGA